GUACAUAUGUGGCACGUGUGGGCACUUAGAAUUUGUAACUGCACUUCUUCUACUCCUUAACGAGAAAUAGGCGAAAGAAAAACACAAGAAAACCUUACAAAUUUCUAUUUCCAUCUUUGUCCCUAGUCUGAAAAUUUCUUCUCUUUCAACACUGAGUCAAAAAAAAACCCAACUCGUUCGAUAUGGUAUCCGAAUCGGAACUCAUCGGCCGCAUCCGCGAGUUCCUCGGUAGCUCCGACCUCACCACCACCACAACCACCACCGUCCGCCGUCAGUUAGAGAGCGAUUUCGGAAUCGAUUUGUCUGAUCGAAAAGCGUUCAUUCGAGAGCAGGUAGACUCGUUCCUUCAAAGCGUUAACCAACCACAAGAAGAAGAUGAACCACAAAACGAUGACGUAGUAGAAGACGCGGAUAAACCUGAACCAAGCCAAGGUUCUGGUUCGAGGGAAGAAAACGAAGAAGAAGAAGUUAAAGAAGAUGGUGAUAAUGAGGAAGAGGAAGAGGCGGAAGAAAAACCUAGGCGAACCAGAAGUGCGAAUAAGAAGAAGAAGAACACGAAGAGUAAAAAACGAUCUAACAAGUCAGGUGAUGAGGUAGUAAAGAAAAAAGGCGGCAAUGGUUUUUGUAGAAUUUGUAGCCUGUCUCCACAACUUCAGGAAUUCACUGGAGCACCGGAGAUGGCUAGGACUGAGGUUGUUAAGCAAUUGUGGGCCUAUAUUAGGGAGAAAAAUUUGCAAGACCCAAACAAUAGGCGAAAUAUCAAUUGUGAUGAACCACUGCGUGCUCUUUUUGGUGUGAAUUCCAUCAAUAUGUUCCAAAUGAAUAAAGUAUUGGCAAAGCAUAUCUGGCCGCUGGACUCGGAUGAUGUUAUCCAGGUGAAUUCGACACCAAAGGAAAAGCAGAAGAAGCAAAAGAGAGAAGAUGAUGUUAUCCAGGUGAAGUCGACACCAAAGGAAAAGAAGAAGAAGAAGCAAAAGAGAGAAGAUGAUGAUGAGCCGAAAGGAAAGGAAAAACGGCAGAAGGGAGGAUCGGGAAAAGGUUUUCUUGCUCCACUUCAACUAUCUGAUGCCCUUGCGAAGUUCCUUGGAGAAAGUGAAUUAUCAAGAUCUGAUGUCAUUAAAAGAAUGUGGGAUUAUAUAAAAGGAAACAACCUUCAGGAUCCUUCUGACAAGAGGCAAAUAAUAUGCGACGAAAAGUUGAAAGAACUCUUUGAUGUUGACUCCUUCAAUGGCUUCACUGUUACAAAACUGCUGGUGCCUCAUUUCAUAAAGACAUAGCAGUGAGUUGCUUGCACAUUUAUAUGCAGUGAGCUUGGAAAAUUUGGCUAAUUUUGUUUAUUUAUCAAAUUAGUUUUGGAAGGCCUUGUUUAUGUAUCUUUUCAGCAUGGUCUGCAAACACGGGGAAUAGGAAUUAGUGUAGUGACAGAUUUUCAGUGAAUUUUUAUCAAAGAAUUUAACGUUACUUGGCCA